AUGGCACCAUCCCAGAUAGUAGAUGUGGCUACAUGCCGCCAAUCAUUCCCUAUAGCCGGCCGCACAUGCUCAGUAUGCGGCCGGAAUAUCACAUUACUUACACGCGAUCAGUUUUCAUUAUACUCAUCGCGGGCUCUCUCUCCUCUUUCAGCCGACUACACUAAUGUGGCUGAAAGAGGUAAUCAAUUCCAUCACUCACAGCUUGCGGCUAUAUGCCGCCAACCAUUAUGGCGGCUAUAUGCUGUCAAUCAUAACAUGGCGCUCAGCCAUUCACUUUCCUCAGCCGGCCACACAUGUAUUACAGUAUGCGGCCGGCUUAUAACAUGUAUUACACGCGAUCAGCUUCUAGAUACUGAUCACGUGUUCAUUUCCCUCUCUCAGCCGACCGCACAGAUUCCGUGUGCAUUGCUGGCUUGUUUACAAUUGUAG